AUGGAUCCACUCCAGCAACCGCCUUCGGGAACAAGGAAACGGAAGACAUCACACAUCAACCCAAUGGAUAUGGGAGAGACUUGGGAUGAUGAUGAUGCCCCCUGGGAAUCCGAGGCUCAAGGAUACACAAUAGAAGCAAGUGGCAGAAGUUUGGUGUUAUCAAAUAAGCAAGCUAAUGAACUAAGUGAACAAUACCGCUACUUUGGCGCUGCUUGGGGAAAGGGAUCACAUUUCAAGGAACGCGGAACAAAGAGACUAAAGUGGCAGGAUGUCCCUUACAGCACAUGUGCUCUUGUCGUCGCCUUUCUCCUCGAAGGAAAAAUUAUCCUCGACAUUCUGAUUGACUACCCGCCAACUGACAGCAAAAGCAAAUCGGCCAACGAAGAAAGCAACGAAUUGGAGCUGUCGACCUACACCAAUUUCAUGCAACUGUGUGACAAGAUCAACGUUGUACCCUUUUUUUCCAACCCCAAGAACCCGCAAGAGAACUUGUGCCAGGACAAAGAGCAAAUGUCGCUCUACCUGGAAACUUACGCCAAUCUCAGAGCACACACAAGAGUCAGCAGGCUAAUUAUCAACAGCCCAGAGAUCAACGCCCUGAGAAGAACGGAUGGUUUUAAUGAUUCCUUCCCCAUUCCAGACUUUUUGCUGACAUCAGGAGCAAUAACUGCAACCCCCUUUCUGGCCAUUGGAUCCCAACGCAAUGAUCGCCGGGGUAAGUUGACCAUUAUGUCCAGCGUGAGCAUCAGCGCUCUUUUUCAUCACUUUAUAUCUAUAGUUGAUGACCUCGGCCACGUGGGCCUGACUCGGGUGCACAGCCACGAAUCCGCAUCUUGGCAUGCGUCACACGAGGAACGUGGGGGUGGAUACGCUAACAAAUAG